CUCGGCUCAUGCAUUGCAGGAGGCUGGAAAUUUCUCGCAGAGCGCUUCGCCCACCAUCGCAGCAGAGCCCCGCGUUUCGCCGUCACGCUGGCUCCUUCCCCGCGCAUUCUCGCGUACCUUGCCAGCAAAGGACGUUUGCCCGUUCCGAAAACGUCCAUGGCUCUUGUGACUUCGCCCGUGCGCGACAAGUACCCUCCGCUGCCCGACGACGCAUUCCCCUUCAAGGAGCCGCCCAAGGUCGCCAUCACGCCCUGUGAUCCCUGGCCACCACCAUACUACCUCCAAGAUGGUCUACGCAAGGUGACACCAUACCACUACACAUACAACACGUUCUGCAAGGAGCGCUGGCGGGGACGCGAAAUCCUGGACAUCUUCUCGAGCGAGUUCCGCGAUCGGCCAACCGAGUACUACGAGAAGGCCAUCCAAGACGGGCGCGUGGUGCUGAACGGCAAGCAGGUCCCAAGUACCAGUACCAUAGUCAAGAACGGCGACGUCAUCUCGCACACGCUGCAUCGCCACGAGCCACCAUGCACGGCGAGCCCCAUUGGCAUCGUCCACGAGGAUGACGAUAUCAUAGUCAUCGACAAGCCUGCGGGUAUGCCAGUUCACCCUGCCGGCCGAUACAAUUUCAACUCGAUUAUCGAGGUCAUGCGGGCCGACCGCGGGUACGGGUGGAAUCCCCUGCCGUGCAACAGACUGGACCGCCUAACGAGCGGUAUCAUGUUUAUCGGGAAGCACAAGCAGGCCGCCGAGAACAUGAGCGCGCAGAUUCGAGGGCGGACUGUGAAGAAAGAAUACGUCUGUCGUGUUGUAGGCGAGUUUCCUGAAGGCGAGAUCGUGUGUGAAAAACCCAUUCUCCAGAUCAGUCCCAAGCUUGGCCUCAACGCUGUCCGCGCGAAUGGCAGAGAGUCAAGGACUGUCUUCAAGCGCUUGGCUUAUUACCCGCCAAAGGACAAUGGUGGACCAAUAGCGGAGGGUGGAGACAAUGCGACCACUGAAGGCCAGCCUUGGAAGAGCCUUCGCGGCUACUCCAUCGUGCGCUGCUUUCCUGUCACAGGACGUACCCACCAGCUGCGCGUGCACCUGCAGUACUUGGGCCAUCCUAUCUCGAACGAUCCUAUCUACGCGAAUCAGCGCGUGUUUGGGCCCUCUCUCGGACGCGGCAUGUCGGAAGACGAAGGCGAUGAGGACAUCAUGGCCCGUCUAGCUCGUAUGGGGAAGGAAGAGGUCGCUGAUGCCGUGGCGUAUCAUGACGAGAUGGUCGAUGCAUACAACAAACGGAAAGCAGAGAAGCAGACUGGUGAGACCUGCGAUGUGUGUGAUACCCCACUUUACAGCGACCCAGGUACACAUGAGCUGGGUAUCUAUCUGCACGCGAAAAGAUACAGGUGCGAAGAAGGGAAAUGGGACUAUCAGACAGGAUUGCCAGAGUGGGCUCUUCCACCACCAGGCUACGAGGGGCCUACUGAGAGCACCCAGGAGAGCGAUCCCUUGACGGUCGACCUGGAAAAGCUGGGAAUUGCAGACGAGCAAGUAGAGGAAAAAGCUAAAGCUGCGGCUUGAACCAAUCCACAUUUGAGAUAGACGAAAUCUAGAUACCCAACUUCGUGCAUUCGACUUCAUCUAUCGACUGCACCAUUCAGAUGCUACGCCGUGUG